AUCUACAUCUAUCAUCAGCUUCCUCUCCCGUCAAGCCAUAGCUAUGGCGGCGUCUCUUCUCCAAGCUUCUCCGCUCAAUAACAACAGUACCUUUCCUCCUCCAUUGGGAUUCUACAAUAACGCGUCGAGAGUUCGAUUGCUCGGCGGCGGAAUCAAUCGGCGAUUAGGCGUUUCCUUGUCGUCUCCUCCAUGUCUCAGAAAUCUGAUGAUAUCGUCUUCUCCUCGCCGGUGCGAUUUCCUCGUUCCUCGCGCUCUCAGGGAAUGGCGGGAGUACGAAGACGCCGUCAAGAGAAAAGAUCUCGCCGGAGCUCUCAGAUUCCUCAAAUCAAUCGAAACCGAUGAACAGCUUGAAGAAUCCAUGGUCUCCGCUCCGAUAACCGGUUUGGGAGCUCUUGAAUUGGAGAGAGAUUGGCAGGUCUUAGAUGCGUGUUUGAAUGCAGAUGAUAUGAGACUUGUUGGGAGUGCAUUUAGGUUUCUCAAAGACAGAGGUCUACUACCCAAUUUUGGCAAGUUCACCAAUAUUGUUUUGGAGGGCACAAGAGAGGUCACACCUACUGUCCUCAAGUCUGCAACUGGCUUGGAAGUGACUAAACUUGCACCAAAGAAAUGGGGUCUCUCUGGUGGCUCUAGCGUUGCUCUGGCUGCUUUUCUUGGUGGAAUCUCCUAUCUUCUUUCUCAGGAGAUUGAUCUGCGGCCAAAUCUUGCUGCCGUUUUGGGUCUGGCUUUCAUGGAUUCCCUUCUACUUGGUGGUACAGGUUUAGCUCAAAUAUCAUGCUACUGGCCUCCACAUAAGCGUCGAAUCAUUGUUCAUGAAGCUGGUCAUCUUCUUGUCGCAUACCUCAUGGGCUGCCCAAUCCGUGGUGUGAUAUUGGAUCCGAUUGUUGCCAUGCAAAUGGGUGUUCAAGGCCAGGCUGGAACCCAAUUCUGGGAUCAAAAGAUGGAGAAUGAGAUUGCUGAGGGGAGACUUAGCGGUAGCUCAUUUGAUAGGUAUAGCAUGGUUCUUUUCGCUGGUAUUGCAGCAGAAGCACUAGUUUAUGGUGAGGCCGAGGGUGGCGAGAAUGAUGAAAAUCUGUUCAGGAGCAUCUCAGUACUUCUCGAACCACCUUUAUCCGUGGCUCAGAUGUCGAAUCAAGCCAGGUGGUCUGUUCUACAAUCUUACAAUCUGCUCAAGUGGCACAAGGCAGCACAUCGUGCAGCUGUUGAAGCUCUUCAAGUGGGAAGCCCUCUUAGUAUUGUGAUCAGAAGGAUUGAGGAAGCCAUGUCUCCAAGCAGAUGAUUUAAGCACCAACAGCAUUUUCUGUAAUGACAAACCUCAUUUGGAAUGUAUGGAGAAUGGCGAGAUGCGACUUGCAUCUUUGGAUCCAUGUUCAAAGUAAGUUAAGGUUUUAUCCACUGAGGGAGAUGUUGAGGAACGUGAUAGUGGUUCUCUUGCCUUAUUCAUCUAAUGAUUCAGGGUUUAAAGACGUAGGAGGCAAAGCUAUUGAUAGCUUAAAGAAAAUGGUUGUAAAUUAGCAACCACGUAUAGUUGCAUUUUUGUGUAUGAAUUUAGGAUAAUUCACAAGCUUUUGAUAUAUAAGCACUUACAAGAAACGAAUCUCAGGUUAUUGUAAUGGUAAGAACACAAGGCAGCACAUAGGAUAAUUCAGAAGCUUUUCAUAUAUA